CUGGGCAAGGCAUCUAGAAAGACCCAUCAGAACAGAAACGCGGACCAAAACCAACGGAAGAACAAAAAAAAGGCGUCUAAGAAGAACGCAAAAUCUAAGCCACCAAUGCCCUGUAACCCGCGACCGUACAUACCCCCUCUGUCCAUUCCUAUACCGAACCCCACGAGUUAUACUGAGGAACUGAUGGCCUUUAUUGCCAGCGCCUACGCAGGUCAGCCAGGUACGUCCAGGGCUCGGUAUAUAUCGAUGGUUUCCAGCUCUUCGGAACCCAGAAGCAGUUCUUCGGAGCGCCGCAGCGUGUCCUCCGAUCCUCGCAGCAGUUCAUCCACACGUCCACAUUCAUCCACAUCCAAAUCCUCUCUAUCCAUGUCCAAAUCAUCCCCAUCUCCUAUAGAUAUCAUCGCUGAGCUUGAUCGUCAGAACGACUGCACCUUAGUCCUCGGACCCUCCGACAGACGACAAAAACAUUCUACUCUAUACAUGGAUUAA